AUUUGUCAAUUGUGAUUAGAGAUGGGUAACUCAUUAUUUUUACAUGAGGUUGAGGGAGGACGAGGUGAGGUGCUCGCGAGGACCUCGUGAGGACCCCUCAUUUGAGGCGAGGAGUCGUACGCAAUGCAUCGCGACGCGCCGAACUCGCCGAUGGCCGAUAGUCAGUGGAAUGUCGGAGGCGAGGCGAGGGGCGGACGGGGGCGUCAAUUACUAUAACUUGCGAUAAGGAUUUUUUCGUCUCUCUCCCACACAUCUUUUCUUUCAGUUAUUAUUUUUUGACUGCAAAAAUAAACGAAAUACGAAUCAAUGACACUAGAUUACAAAUCUAAUACUCAUGUUUUUAGGGUUCAUAAUUCAAUAUCAUAGUUAAAGUUUAGAGUUCAUAGUAUUUAUAAAAUAUUUUUUCUAUAUUUUGUUUUGAUUUUGAGUAAUAAUAAUAAUAUUAGUUUACCUAUGUUGAUCUUGGAGGUGCACGUAUUUUUAAUUAAUUCGUCUUUUGUGUUUUCUUGUACUUAUUUGCAUGUUUUAAUAUUGUUGGUGUUGUGGUGGAUAUACUGGUUGCUGGUGUUGGUUUUACCUUUCAUAUUAUAUAUAUAUUCUACAUAUUUGGCGGGAUAAUGGCUCCAACAGUAAAAAAAUCGAAAACUUGGGAGUUUUUUAACCCUUGGGAUUUGGGAGAAUAUAAGGCUAAAUGUACAAUUUGCAUGAAAAUUUUGUCGCACAAGGGUGAAAUGUACUACGCAAUAAAUAAGCAGGUGGUUGUUCAUAAGAUAAAUAGAAAUAUGAACAAUGGCGAUUCACUGUCACUCGCUCACUUAGUGCAUUCAAUCGCUCGACUCAAUACUCACUCGUACUCGCGUCUAUACAUCGCGUAUUAAGUCAAUACUCAAUUUGUCAAUGUCAAUUUUCAAGUGAGGACUGAAGAGUGAAGUGAGGUGGUUCAAUGUUGAAAUUUGAGGAACUCUUUCAUUUUGCAAUCACGAGUACCUCAAACGAGGCGACUCAUGAGUGAGGGACUCAUCUCUAAUUGUGAUGGCCGCAACAUUGUAAAAUUCCAGUAUUUUUUUAUUUAUUGUGUUUACUUGGCAUUUUUUAAUUCUUUCCAUAUAAAUCCAGCCUUAAAGGACUUUAAACGAUUUCUUGAAAUAAACCAAUGUUAUUGACAAAUCGCAACCACAACGUAACUGUAGGAUUGAACAGUGUGAAAUAAAAAUAUGUGGCGCGCGUAACAAGUAACGGACGCAUCGUCGUUUCCCUACAUUCUUGUGCCAUAAAUGUAUUAACGUUACGUUUGUUUCGUGAUGUUAUUGCGAAUCGGGGCCGGGUAGAGUCGGAAGAUGCCUUUCAAGCUCAAGUUGAAGAAGACGAGACAGUACAAUGUGGCAUCGAAGAGUCUCUUCGUCAUCAGCAUCGAGCUGUUGGACGGCGGUGUGGCAGACUGCACCCUGUCGGUCGACAGCACGGGGCAGGAGUGCUUGGACAACGUGUGUCAGAGGCAGGCGAUCAACCAGCCCGAGUUCUUCGGCCUCAGAUACGUGAACAGAAGCCAGCAACCGCGAUGGGUCCAGUUGGACCGCCCGCUGAAACUGCAGCUCGACAAAUUCGCGUCAUCCCACCAACUGUACUUACGCGUCAUGUACUACGUCAUAUCUGGAACUAGUCUUAUCACAGAUGAAGUCACUCGCUACCACUAUUUCUUACAAUUGAAGAACGAUUUAGUGGAAGGGAGGAUAAUAUGUGAUUGCCAACAAGCAGUGGUGUUGGCGUCCUAUAGUCGGCAAGCGGAAUACGGAAAUCAUGAUCGGGAGCGUCAUACAGUGGAAUACCUGAAGAAUUUGUUGAUGUUCCCCAAGCAAAUGCUGGAUGGAGGGCAGAUUAUUGACAGCAGUAGUCUCGCCGAGACGGGGCGGCUGGAGUGGCUGACGGCAGCAGUGAUACAGCAUCACAUGUCACUGCAUAAUAUGCCUCAGGCCCAAGCGGAGGAGGGAUUCAUCACAACGUGCCAGCAGCUGCGCGGCUAUGGACAGGAGAUGUUCGCGGCGCGCGACAAGCGCGACCAGAGCGAGGUCACCAUCGCCAUCUCGCUGACCGGCAUCCGCGUGCUCGGCGACACCAGCGACACGCCGCACUUCUACCGGUGGAUGGACAUCACCAACGUGAUCAACCACAAGCGCACGUUCAGCGUCGAGUGCCAGCAGCAGGGCGAGUCGGCCACGUUCGCGCUGCCGAGCCCCGAGGACGGCAAGUACGUGUGGCGCACGUGCGUGCUGCAGCACACCUUCUACAUGCGCCACCAGGGCGCGCUCAACGCGGCGGCGGACGAGCACCGGCCCAAGUUCCAGCAAGAGCACGGUCUGUCAGAGAGUCGCGAGGAGCUGGACGUGGCCUCCCGCCUGGAGCCGCUGACGGCGGCGCACCGCGCGCACUCCACCUCGUGCCUCGAGCUGGCCGACAGCCGCCCGCAUCCUCGGAACAGAGCGCUGCUACCGUCGUACCGGCCGGCGCCGGACUACGAGACGGCCAUCCAGCACAAGUACCAGCAGCAGCGGGCCGAGGCGCAGCUGCGCUACCAGGCGCACCACGCGCACUCGCAGCUGCUGGCCGGCUCCGCGCCGCCGCUGCUGUACGGCUCGCACCCCGACAUCCACCGCCACUACCCGGACGUCACCCGCCACGCCGUCAGCCAGCAGGCCGCCGACGACUACGCCUACGGCAUCAACUUCGUCGGCAACUACCCCAUGGCCGUCAACCCCAACGUCCAAACCGACCACGCGCUCCACUACGUCAACGUCUACAAACCACCCCCUCCAUACCCGUCCAAUGGCUUAGCUUCAAAUUCGACCCCAGACUUGGCAGUCGCCAGCCAAGCGUUAAACUACCACCGAGGCUACAUCAACUCCCACGUGUCCGGCUCUAGUCCCGAUUUAGUCUCAACCCGAACAGCUUUAAACCGUCAGUACUUGGGUUACGUCAACCCCGCCCACAGUGUAGUCAACUACCAGCGACAGAACAUCCUCCCGGCGACGCACGGCACCUACAACAACCUGAACUCCGUCCUGGAACCCAACCCUCACAUCAUUAUCGACCCCCACCACGUGUCCGACAACAUACAGAAGGUGUAUGACGAAAGAGGGAACAUCAUGUACUCGAUGCCGAUGAGGAGGAUAUCGUACCAGAGGCAUCUUGUGCUUCCGCAAAUCAAACACAACGAAACCCAGGAGCCUAUAUACGAAAAUGUGCCAUUGCCGUGGCAGAACGAAGCGAAAUUGGCGAUACGCGAGCGCGCCCAAAGUCUCACGACCACAGAUGAAAUUUCAAGGUUAAACGAGAGAAACAGCAGCCAUCCAACGAUCAACAAGUACGGCAAUAUGCAGCCGACGCCCGCCAUGCCACAUUACGUGUCCAAAAUCGACAACGACAGUCACUACGUGAACGCGCAAAUAAUCAAGGGCGUGCGAGAGUCCAGUUUGCCUAAAGACUUGAAUGUAUCUGUGAACAAACCAAACGAGAUUAACUUGAGCAUAGAUCGGAUAUCCUUGAAAAACGAAGAGAAGGAUUUCGACGAGACGCCAUACCAAAGUCUGUCGACACACAAAGUGUCGAACAACAACACGAUCAGCAAGUCGGUCGACAACGUGACGUCGAUCAGCAUCGCCGACAUCCUCCCAGACAGCAACACGUCGCAGAGCAGCGCGACGGACAGUGCUCUAUCGAGUUCGCUCGUGAACUCGACUUACAGCACCAGCAUAGAACUAGAAGGAAGCAAGACUAACAUCACGAAAGAGAAGAAGCGCAGAAGAUGGGGUGUGUUCAUGGGGAGGGGUAAUAAAAAUGUGGAGGUGAAAAGUGCUACUUUGGGGCGAGAUCGGGCGAAGGCCGGCCAGCCCGCGAACAAGCACCGCUGGUCGACCGGCCUGCCGAAGUUCCAGCCCCUACCGCCGAGCAUUACCAAAGAAACUUUGUGCCAAUUACUAGAACGCAAGAUGUCGGACGAGCAGCUCGCGUUCGCGUUCGAGCAGAUCCCCAAAGGGCGCGAGCGCGACGCGGAGCACCGGACGGCGCUGCUGCCGCAGUACGCGCCGCUCAACGGCCACAGCGACAGCCUGCCGUACGAGGACAACCGCGUGCGCCUGCACCCCACGCCCGGCAACCCGCACGGGUACAUCAACGCGUCGCACGUCACGAUGACGGUAGGCAGCUCCCAGCGGUUCUACGUGAUCAUGCAGACCAACCAAGUGGAACAUUCUGCGCUGAUGUGGGAGUGCAUCUGGCAAGUGGGGGCGCGAGUGGUGGCCAUGGUGGGCGGGGAGCCGAGACACUUGCCCCCCGUGGACCGCGCCACCGACCUCGGACAGUUCCAAGUGACGUGCGGUCGGUGGUCCAAAGCCGCGUGGGGCGGCUCGGUGCGCGUGCGGCUGCGGCGCGCCGCGCGGUCCCGCAGUCUGUGGCACGUGCACUACAGCGACUGGCCCAGCAGCGCGCACACGCCCAGCGACGUCGCCGGCUUCCAGGAGUUCAUCUCAGAGGUGAACGGGCUGCGGCUGGCGUGCGAGGCGGAGGCGCACGCGGAGAAGUCUCUGGCCCGCAACGCGCCCGUCGUGUUCAGCGGCGCCAGGCCGGGGCCCGCGCUCGCCGCGCACCUCCUGCUGCACGUGGUGGACACCAACCAGGAGCUGGACAUCCCGCGCACCAUCGGCCUGCUGCACCAGCAGCGCGCCAACCUCAUCGAGAACGUGCACCAGUACCGCUUCCUGCACCAGCUGCUGCUGCACUACCUCAAGCAGUCCAGACUCAUCUGAUCGCUCAACCAGUUACAGGUAGAGUUGGUAAGCUUUCUCGUCACCCUCGCCCCGCACACAGCAAUACUGACGUGGGAAGUAGCGAGGGAAGUGAGCAGAGUCGUUGUGUGGCCACGAUACUCGUCCUGCCCAUCGCUCACAAUGGGGUAGUUGACUCAUAUUGAAAUGAAUAUAAACAACAUUAAUUUCGUAUAGUACUUGGAAAAAACUUCGAAAAUAUACCAAUUUUAAUAGAUUACUUUAGAAACUCAAGUCAAAAAUAUUUAAUCUAUUUUUCCAUACACCAAAAACACCGUCGUCCAUUUCGUGACGUCAUAGUAUUAGUAAACACACGUCGAAUUAGAGGAUGUCCGAAUUUUCUCUUUAAAACGAAAUGUAGUUAACAAUACUUAACUGACGUAAUAGACCAUUCAGCAGCGUCUUCGCCCAUUUAAAUCAAAAGUUAAUUUUAAAAUGAAAACAUAAAUAUUGGCUAAUAGUGUCAAAAAGUGUGUGGACAAACAACAUCGCGGCAGCUCGAGGGGCAUUGUGUGACUGGCAUUAAGUUGAGGUUUUUUGCUUUAACUGUUGUUGUAAAUUGAAUAUCUCAAGUUAUUAAGUGUUAGGAGAAAGUGUAGAAAGCAUAUAAUAAUUUAACUUUCUGACGAUUCUUGAGCCCUGGCUUUGCCUGUACCUAUUACUAUAAACAAAGCAAAAUCUCACAGUAAGGUCCCUUGUCCUUACUAAUAUCAGUAAAUCACUGCUACAUUAUUAUGGUCAGCACCGGACGUCCCAUCUCCACCAACGACACCGAUAAGCUGACGAACUUGGAGUUCAUGAAAUCGGAGUUCAUAAAAAUUAGUCUAGCUAUGGCAUACUUUUAUAGCUUGGUAACUUCGUUCGUAACACUCCCGAUGUUGCGCGCGGGCCGGGGGGCGUGUAGCGAUGAAUGAAAAACCCACGACUGAUGCACGUUACUUCCAAGAACGCACGAUUUCACAACUGCGCAGUCUUUCCCCCUGUCGCCCGCACAUCAUGGGAGUAUUAUCAACGAACUUGCUAGACUAUAGUCUAUAUAGUUGUAAGACGAACUGUUGAGUUACUGUUGAUCUACUAUCAAAUUACUAAUGAUUUUUAACAGCUUGCUUAUUUAUUAAAAAAAUUAUUAAAACUUUUAAAAGGGUUUAAUGUGUGCCUAAAAACUUAAUAUAUCCAAGUUGUAAAAAAACUACGAAUGAAAUUCAUUUUAUGGAUGCAACUGCAAAAUGAUCUUGAGAAUAUACUAUAGCGGAAUUUAUAUAUAUAGCUGGCAAGUAAUGUAAUAUUUUGUAUUUUUAAUGUCAAUAUAUUGUUUUAAUGAAUUUAAAAAUAUAUUAAAUGAAAUCUGUUCCCGCCAUUAGGGCUAGUGUGUUUAUUCGUUACAAUGUUUCGUGUUAGUGUUUAAGUGAAUCGUGCCUUAAGUCGAAGACUACUCGAUCUGACCAUAUCACUAACUGAGUGCCUUCUUACUUUAUAAACGCCAUUAUACUUUUUAUUCAAAAUAACUAAUAGUUAUAGGUAAAGAAUAAAGUAAUAAUGCUAGACGCGCAUGACUGAUACUACAUUUCAGAUCAAGAGUUCAUAUUUAGUUAUUUUUUCAAAGACAUCUCUUUAACGUCGGAAGACUAACAAUUUAAAAACAAACAUAUUAAAAAUAGGAAAAAUAAUAGAAAAUUAUUAGUGAAAAGUAAACAAAUUGGCAAAUUGUUAAAAUGUCAUGCGCGUUUUUUGUUAAUUUGCUUGAUUACAAAUCUUAAUCUUCUAAUAAUAGUGUCGUUUUUUUUUCGCUUUAUUGCCCUUAGAGAAGAAUUAGAUUUGUGACAAUCGAAUUUAACACUAAGGGUCCGCACACACGCAAUAAUAUUGUCAAUAUUAUUGACAAUAGUAGGGUCAGGUAAUCAAGUUGCCCCUAAGUAAAUAAUACUGUCAUAUAACCAGAGUACGACUUAUUAACCUUACCCUACAUAUUGUCAAAAAUAUUGACAAUAUUUAGAACAUGUGCGAGCACUGUUAUAUUGGAUGUAGAUGUGUGAAACAAGUUGUAUUAUUCAGUAUUCAUAAAUUGUGUCAAAAUAAGUAUUUAAAUAUUUAUUUAUUAUAUUUGACUGUUAAUAUCUCAGUAUAAUAAAAUUAUGUAAAACGAUAAGUAUUUUCUGAUUAAGUUUAUAACUUUCUUAAAAGGUGUGUCUACACUGGAUUAUAUCACUAAUAUGUGAUUAUUUGUUAACAUUUCGUUGACAUUCUAAAGGUCUGUCAGUUUACAGUGCAUAUAUUUAAGUUUGGCUGUAUAUGAUAUUAAAAUCUCUGUAAACAAAACAAUAUAGUCAAAGCUAAUUUGCUUUUAACGUGUCUUCUAAACUUAACAACAGACGUAAAUCUUAACAUAAAUGCUUACAUUUCAAGCAGAAUAUUUUUUGUACCGUGAUUAAUUAUUAUUAACGCGUUUGGUGCGUGGCUGUAACUAACGUUAAUUGCAUAUACAUACGAGUAGAGGUCCGUUUAUAUUCUACAGACAUUUAGCGUGCCAGACACGUGCCGUGGCAGACAAAAUGAUAUUCUUCUGUACAGUGUUUAUUAACGUAUUUAUAUCUAACGUAACGCGUUGACCGAGACGGGCCGCGACCGGCCAGUAUUCGCGGAAAGAUUAUUUUAUUUUGUCUGUGCGGUUCAUGUCUGUAGAAUCCUUUUCAUGAAACCUGAACUAAAAUUGACAGCGCCUUACACAAAUGACAACAAGACCGCCAUUACCAAAUGACAAUGAGCGCCAUUAAGACAUUGGCGCCGCGUCUGGGGACUUCUAUCAUGAAAAGGACUUUAAGUGUCUUUUUUUUUAAUAAUAAAUAUACUUAAACAAUACACAUCACUAUCUAGCCCCAAAGUAAGCAUACAGAGUAGCUUGUGUUAUGGGUACUAAGAUAGUUGAUAUUGUAAUAUUCAUAUACACUUAUAUACUACAUAUAAAUACUUAUAUAAUAUAUAAAUACACACAGACACUGGAAAAAAACCCAUGCUCAUCACACAAAUAUUUUCCAGUUGUGGGAAUCGAACCCACGGCCGUGGAUGCAGAAAGCAGGGUCACUACCCACUGCGCCACGCGGCCGUCACGUGUCUGUAGCUACCUGCUGGGCAGUGUGAAUAGUCGGUGUCUGUGGGUGUCUGCCACGCUACUUGUCUGUGACGCACUGUGUCUGUAGAUCUGGACCUUAUUCGUUGCGCGCCAUAUUAUAAAACAAAACGCAUUACAUGUCAUAGUACAGUGUAGACUCACCUCUAGGUGCAGUGAUGUGUUCAUACUAUAUUUAUCGAUGUAUUUGUUAUCUAGUCCAAAGGCAGCUCCAUAGUUUUGUAUUAUUAUUAAGUUGAAAUGUUGCGCAAAAUUAGUUAUUAAUGAUUUUAUAUUACUUUUUUUAUUAAUGUUUAUUACACGAUUUUUUUUUUACACAACUGACUAACAUAUUAAAAAUGUAACAUAGAAAGGAAUAGCCAUGUAUACAAAGUGGUGAAACGAUUACGACCUUAAUUUCAACCACAUAUGGGGUAUCGUGUAAGUAGUCUGUACGCCAAUUUUUAUUAAUUUCUAUGCAGCGGUUUAGCCACAGGAUAAGUUUUUCACUUAAACAAUUUUUGAACACGCUGUAAAUGUAUUACAAAUACCUCACGAAAAUUCACUAGGUCAUUCACCUUGAUAAACCAAAAUAACAAUUUAAAAUGUGCGUUUUAAAAAAUAUUGGUAACUUACAAAAAACAAAAAUCCUAUUGAAAUUUAGACCUAAUGCACAUAAGAAUAAAAAUUCUUAUUAUCUUUACCAUACUUACCUACAAUAAUUAUUCGGCACCACAAAUUUUGUACCUAUUUUUAAUGUAAACAAACGAAAAUUGCGACGUUGUCAAUUGGGCACUAAUAGUCCAGGAUCCGGGGAACAUUUUUACAGUUGAUCACUACCAAGUUAAUUUUAUGUGAGUAGCUUUGUCUUGAUGAGGCAUAAAUAACAUUGAAUUUGUAGGACAAUAUGGCUGAAAAGUUGUAUAAAUUAAUAGUUAUACAACUUAUCACCCAUAUUGUCUUACAAAUAGCGUGGUCAGUUAUUUCGUUCCUAUGCUCAGACAUUUUUGUUAUCUAGUAACUCUGUUAGCUACCAAAAUAAAUAAUUUUCGAAAAUUUACAAGUUGGGCGCCUCAUCAAGACGAAGCUACUCACGGAAAAUUAACUUGACAGUCAUCAACUGUUAAAAUAUUCACCGGAUCCUGGCCUAUAAGGGCUUUCAUUCAAUAUCAUAUGUUUUUAGCUAACUGUAGGUGUUUGGAAGAUUUACUAAGUGGGAAUAGGAUAGAAAUACAUUUAGUGUUUUUGCUAGAUUUGGUUCCCGGCGCGGGCGGCGUCUUUUGAAUAGUGACUCAGUGAGUGAUAGCCAGUUGCUACCCUUGCGCAUUGUUUUAUACAAAUCAAACAUUUCUUGUGAUUUGUGUAGUUUUUUUUAUUGUGAAGUGUGUUUUGGUAUUGAAACAUAAUGCCACGUUUCGGUGAUACUGCUACUGAGUAUUAUACCGAUAUCUCGCGACGUUGUAACAUGUGUAUUUUAAUCAAUGGUGGACAUUUCCAGCAUUUAAAAAUUCAAGCUAAGUACUGUAAAUACGUACGAGUACCUACCUAUACCUAUCAUGUUUAAAAUGUGUGAGUUUUGAUGAGUAACAUUUAACAACAAUAUCUACUCGUCUCGUGCGGCGUACAAAAUACAAAUUAAUUAAAUUUUGGCGCUCCCGCCCGCCGGCGCGGCGUGAUUAUUCUUAUGUAGAUAAGUACGUACAAGUGCAUGAAAGAACUUUACGCACUACAAACGGACCGCCUAAUAACCAAAAACUAGGAGACGCGAUGUUGCCGCUUUUACCUAUAGGUCACUUGAGGUUAGUUUUAUAUUAUUAUAAAGGAUGUUGUGAAUUUUUUAGAUUAUUUCCGAAUUUAUUUUGUUUGAAAAUUUAGUUUUUUUAUUUAUUAUACAAUAAUUAAUUUAAUCACCUAAUCGUAUUUUGAUUGACUGUUAGCGAUUGUGUAUUAAUUUAAGGUCGUAUUCCUGGCACCACUUUGUAUAGGGAAAUACCCACACAAUAUAUAUUCAAGUUUAGUUAUAUCUCACGAAGAUAGUUCAGUUUUAAUUACAAACGUAUGAUCGUAUUUAACUAAAUUUUGAUCGACGUAAUGUGACGUAACGAUUUUACGCACAAUUAGCAGACGCUGCGGUUCUGCCCGCGUGGUUCCCGUUCCCGUAAGAAUACGGUAAUAAAUUAUAGCCUAUAGCACCCGGAGAUAGUGUAACUUCCCAACAGUGAAAGAAUUUUAUAAAUCGAUUUAGUAGUUUAAGAGCUUAUUCAAUGCAAACAAACAUACAAUCAAAUCUUUCCUUUUUAUAAUAUUAAUAGAGAUGUAUGUACGCUUAAUUAUUCAAAAACGUGAAUCUUCGUGAGAUAAGCAGCCCAUAUACUCGACGUUGUCAAUAUGUAGCAAGGUAGGGUCAGAUGCUACUUUAGCUGCCCUUCCUUACUUAUUGUCGAUAAUAUUGAUAAUAUUAUUGAAUGUGGGGAGCACCUAUAGGGUGACCCAUACGUGCUCCCCACAUUCAAUAACAUUGAGUGACGUCAGUGUAAUUCGAACCAUGGUUUAUUCCGUGUUUCAUAGUUCUGAUGGAAUUUUGAAUGAAAACUGUGACUUCCAAUCUGUCAAAAUAAAAUCACUCAUUAAAUAAUAACAGCCUAUAUAAUUUUGUAAAAUACAAGAUUUAUGUAUGGAAUGGAUGUAAUAUAUUAUUAUGUAUUGUUUUCUAUUAAUCUGAUGAUGUAAUAUGAUUUUUUUUAUACCUGCGUUUUUAAUGAAUGAGAGUAAUAAAAUAUUAAUUAAUAAU